GCUGGGUGACGUCACCGAGAUGAAAGGGAAUUCUGCAUCAAACACGCGCAACAGUGGAGCGAGAUCACACAGGACGAAACUUCAAGGUCUCCAUGUUUGCAAAGAUCUGUUUGCACGAUCUGUCCGCUGUCUCAGGAUCAUGCGGUUAGACUUUAACUCUAGCCAUAUAUCGGGAUCCGUGCAUUUGCAGGUAUUCGGAUUAAUAUGCACGAACGCAAGUAAGCUUAGUUAAAAGUGCUUUUGUCCAGGACGUGGCUAAAACUUUGAUGUACGUGCUGAUCGCAGAUCAGAUUACAGGCAUCAGAUCGCAGCCAUCCCUUUGCCUUUGAUCUGAGCUUUUAAUGUGGUGCUGGACUCGGGACGGCUUCAGAGCUCAGCAUUGAGCAAACUGGAUCACAUCCCGAACAACUUCACAUAUAAGACGAUCAAGACGGCCAAUCUGGUGUACGUGGGAAAGACCUUUGAAAAUGCCUCGGGCAGUGAUUCUCUACAGGUUUCCACUUCAAAGGAUAAUUGCGCUUGCAUUGUGUGUUAUGUUAACAGUAAAAGCAGAGGAGAGGAGAGGCUGCAGAGAACAGGAAUACAAGGAUAAGUUUGGAAAUUGCAUUCCCUGUCGGCAGUGUGAUGCUGGGCAAGAGCUGUCUAAGGAAUGUGGCUUCGGCUAUGGAGAGGAUGCCCAAUGUGUGCCCUGCAGAGCCAGUCGCUUCAAAGAAGACCGCAGCCUGCAAAAAUGCAAACCCUGUCUAGACUGUUCGCUCCUCAACCGUUUCCAGAAGGGGAACUGUUCCACCACAAACAACGCUGUAUGUGGAGACUGCCUGCCUGGAUUUUACAGGAAGACAAAGUUAAGUGGAUUCCAGGAUAUGGAGUGUAUACCUUGUGGAGACCCACCACCACCAUAUGAACCACACUGUAGCGGGCGAGUGAAUCUGGUUCCUCUACAGUCGACAGUGACCAGCCCGAGAGACAUGGCUUUAGCUGCGGUCAUCUGCAGCGCCCUGGCCACAGUCCUCAUGGCUCUCUUCAUCCUAUGUGUCAUUUACUGUAAGCGACAGCUGCUGGAGAAAAAACCUGUGUCUUUGAGGCCUCAUGAGGGUCCGUAUGUGGGAUCCGAGUUAUCCUGUUUGGAUCGGAGAGUACUGGAAUUUUCGCAGCGUCCUUGUUGUCACUGCCAUCAUAGUUCAGGACAGACCUGCGGUCCUGUACAUUUGAUUCCCUCCGUGUGCUCUGAUGAUACCUGGAGCCAGGGUUGUGCUCGCCCCUUUCAUUCUCAAAACAGCCUCAAUGACGGACUGGUGAACGCAUCACUAGGAACCAGCCAAGUAGAUCUCGAAUGUGCACCUGAGCAUCUUUCUGAUGCCUGGCCACUCGUGCAGAGCGACAGAGCCACGGAUCACCUCCGACACAGCUCAGAGUCCACACAGAGACGUUCCUCGUGUGAGGAGGAUGAAGAACAAGAUCUGCCAAACUCAGCUGAACCUGAGGAACUGUCAAACAGUCGGUUUCUGUCACAAGCAACAGCUUUUCACAAUUGAAGGAUGACCUACUGUAGCUUUAUCUCACCUGUUGUUGGUCUCUAAGAGGUAAAAGAGCAAAGGAAGAUCCUGACUCAGAUUACAUCGGGCCACACACACACACACAAAAUCUGUGACAGCUCACCAACAGCUCUCUUAAAAGACUUUUUUAAUAAAACCACACAAGACAAAACAACUUGAAGAUGCUGAGGGAGGAUCUGUUUCAGAGGUCUUUUGUGAAAGAGGAUUCAUAACUAGUCUUUAGUUAUAUAUCCCAGCACUGACUGCCUAUUCAGGUGGGUUACAUUUAAGGUAAAACUGUGGGUAUAAGUUACAGUUUCGGCUGAACCGUUUCUGACUGCUCCGGUCUGUAGAUAUUGUAUUAUAGUAAAUAGAUUAUUUUUUAUAAUGUAGAUACUUCAUUGCAUUCGGUGCCUUCACUUGCUUUUGAUAAUGAUGUUUGGUGAAAUACAUGUUUUGAUGAAUGUGGUUGAUCAUCAAAUUUGUAAAUAAAAUUGUACUUUACUGGA